CUCCUCUCCUCUCCUCCCCUCUCUAGCAAAAGUCACUCUUUCGUCGCUUACGCCUCUCCCUCUCUCUCUCUCUCUCUCUCUCUUUCAUCUAAAGCCAAAUUUCUGUGUCCUCUCGCCGGCGAGCACUCCGGAAUCAUCCACGAUCUCGGUGGAAACAGACGGUUCCAUCUGUUUGCUUGAUUCCGAAAACGAUCGGAAGAUCAAAUUUCGGCACGAUUGGCCGACCGAUUGUAUAUAUAUAUAAUUUGUUGCGUGCAUUAUAGGCAGCUUUCGACCUUCUUCUGCAGCUAUGGACGAUUCCAUGGGCAGUGAGGAGGAUCAUUACUGCUCCGAUCGAGACUCGCUUGAGGGAUUCGAGAACGAUGAGUCCGAUGUUCACUGGGCCCCUUCCAAGGGCCCUUCCAGUAAGGUAAUCACAAAAGAGUCUCUUUUGGCUGCACAGAGGGGAGAUUUGCAUAGAGUGAUGGACUUAUUAUCUCUAAGAGAACACCAUGCAAGGACCCUGCUUAUACAUUAUCGCUGGGAUGUGGAAAAGUUGUUUGCAGUUCUUGUUGAGAAGGGGAAAACUUACUUGUUUGCUGAAGCAGGUGUGUCUGUGGCAGAAAACCAUCAUAUUGACGCCCCACCUUCAUUGAUCGUCUCCUGCAAUAUCUGCAUGGAUGACAUUCCUGGUACUGAGGUAACAAAGAUGGACUGUGGCCACAGCUUUUGCAACAAUUGUUGGACGCAGCAUUUUGUUGUGAAGAUAAAUGAGGGUCAGAGUAAGCGCAUUACGUGCAUGGCACACAAAUGUAAUGCUAUUUGUGAUGACAGUAUUAUUAGAAAUUUUGUUAGUAGAAGGCACCCUGAUUUAGCUGAGAAAUUUGACCGUUUUCUUCUGGAGUCCUAUAUUGAGGAUAAUAAAAUGGUUAAAUGGUGCCCCAGUACUCCUCAUUGUGGGAAUGCAAUAAGUGUCGAGGAAGAUGAAUUUUGUGAGGUUGAAUGUUCAUGUGGUUUACAGUUCUGUUUUAGUUGCUUAGCAGAAGCUCACUCACCCUGUUCAUGUUCUAUGUGGGAACUGUGGACAAAAAAGUGUCGGGAUGAAUCGGAAACAGUUAAUUGGAUUACAGUUCAUACAAAACCUUGUCCAAAGUGUCACAAACCUGUGGAGAAGAAUGGUGGCUGCAACCUUGUGAGCUGCAUCUGUGGGCAAGCAUUUUGUUGGCUCUGUGGUGGAGCCACUGGCCGCGAUCAUACUUGGUCACAAAUCAGUGGUCACAGUUGUGGUCGCUAUAAAGAAGACGGAGAGAAGAAAGCUGAGCGUGCAAAGCGAGACCUUUAUCGUUACAUGCAUUAUCAUAACCGCUACAAAGCUCAUACAGAUUCCUUUAAACUUGAGUCUAACUUGAAGGAAACUAUAAAAGAGAAGGUGUCGAAUUUGGAGAAUAAGGAUUCAAGAAUUCGAGAUUUUAGCUGGGUUAUGAAUGGACUUUACAGGCUAUUCAGAUCAAGGCGGGUGCUUUCAUAUUCAUAUCCAUUUGCCUUUUAUAUGUUUGGUGAUGACUUGUUUACAGAUGAGAUGACUAAGGAAGAAAGGGAAAUAAAGCAGCAUUUAUUUGAGGAUCAGCAGCAACAACUUGAGGCAAAUGUUGAGAAGUUAUCCAAGUUUGUAGAAGAGCCAUUUGAUCAGUAUGGCGAGGACAGAGUCAUAGAUAUAAGAAUGCAAGUCAUCAAUCUCUCCGUGAUCAUUGAUAACCUCUGCAAGAAAAUGUAUGAAUGCAUUGAGAAUGAUUUAUUGGGUUCACUCCAAUCUGGCACUCAUAACAUAGCUCCAUACCAGUCAAAAGGCAUUGAGAAGGCUGCUGAACUUUCUGCUUGUUGGACCUCUAAAGCCCGUAACACUGAGAAAUCGCCAACUUCUGAUCAUCUCAUGAAUGGAUUAACAAUCAGUAGCCCAUGUCAUCAUCAGUGAAGUCAUCACAGAAUUCAGAGUGCCAUCAUUAGAAAGUUUUCCUUGAAAUACCAAUGAAGGCCACUGCAUGCCAUUGUAACAGGAACCUCCGACCAUCAUCAAUCCACCAGACCAGUGAAGAACCCUUUGGAACCAUCAACCUCUGGUUUUCUUGAUCAACAUCAACAUGAAUCUUCACCAAACUCAAGGACUACUUUUUCUUGGACGAGGGAAGAAUGAUGAGAAAUUAGGAUUAAUAAAUUUUAAUAUUUAUAUUAGGAUUUAGGUUUGAUUUGAAUUUUGGAAUUUAGAUUUAAGAUUUUUAUGACUUAUUAUUUUCUUAGGAUAAUUCUAUUAGGGUAAUUAUGAUAGGAUAAUUAAUUAUUUGUUUUAGAUUUUCUUAUUUUAUUUAGAUUUUUAGAAUUUAUCUUUUAUUUAUUUUGUUUAGACACUCGUAGUUAGGAGAAUUAUCUUUUAGUGAGGAUUUAGUGUAGAAAUAAGCUUUCAAGAUGUAAUUAUUAAUCACACCUUUGAUGAUUUGAAUAAAAUUGAAGAUUUUUUCUCCCUGAUUUCUCUCCUCUUUCUUCUUCAAUCUUUCUCAAUCUCCUGGCUAUUCCUCAUCACAGACUACCCCCUUCAUUGACUGACAUACCAAAAAAAAAAAUAUCAAACAUUUUCAAUCAUCUGCUAAAAUACACAAUAUUUUUUGAAUUAUGUUACAUGUACAUUAUUUUUGUACAUCUUGGGCUACAUAAGGGGUAUUAUGACCAAAAUACCCUGCGCCUCUCCAUGCGCCUCACGCGCUUCUAUGCGCCUCAUGAGGGAUAUUUUUGUCAUUGGUACACCUUGGGCUACACAAAGGUGUACCAAUAGCAUUAUUCACAUUUUUUUUUAUCAAAUAUCAUUUUUAAUGUUCAGUUUUUUUUUUUUUUUUAAAAGGUUUUCUUGUGGGAACCUUACAACUAUAAAUUAUGAACGUUGCUUUCACCAUUGCAAUGUUCAGAUGAAUUACAAUUUUUGCUUCCAAUUUUUUUAAAAAAAUAAAACAGCGUUCUGUGAACCUUACAAACAUCAGACAUCAUUUUUAAUCAUCUGCUAAAAUAUACAAUGUUAUUGUGCAGUUUUUAUUUUUCUUACAGAAAAUAAAACCAAAUAGAAAUGUCAAUUUAACAAAUUAAAAAAAUAAUCUGAACAUGAUUUAAUGCUUAUGUGAACUUGAUGGUUUAAAAUUCAUUUACUUAUCAAAUAUAUGCAAGUAUGUACUUAUGUAUGUGUGGUUUAAAAUUCAGUGAUAACAUGUGAAAUUCUGUAAAUUUUGGAAUGGAAUCAAUUGACCAAACUUGAGAUGGCCACAACUUAGAUAUAGAGAUCAAUUGAAACCUUGGAUUAUAUGGUGAAACUCAGAUUCAUAAUUUAGGGGAAAAGACAGAUUUUUAAUUUACUUAAUUGAGAUAUCAUCCAAAUUUUUAAACAUUUGGUAGGAAUUGAAGUCAGAAUUGGAUAAAAUUGAAUCCAGACAAGUUCAUCAUAUCAAAUAAAAACUUGAAAUCCCAUCUUUUUAUAUAUGCAUCAAAGAUUAACUUCAUAUAAUCCUGGUACCUGGGUUAAAAAGGAAAAUUUAGUUUCUCAUGGCAAGGCCUAGUAGGAUGAGCUGGUAGAAAUGGUAAGGUUGCUCCCUUGUGGUCAGAAAGUCAAGUUGUAAAAACUGCAAACAGCCUCUUUACUAGAACUUCAAGGGAAAGGCUGUGUAUAAAUAAUGACCUUUCCCGACCCUCACAAAGGCUGUGUGCUAGGAACAUCUAUUUUUAUGGUAGGCCCACUAAAUUAGUUGGAUUAACUUGCAUGCUAUAUUAGAUAAAAAAUUGUAAAGGGCACUCCAGUAAGCAAGGUUUAGAUAUUGGUAGGCUAAUUGGUUGGACUAGCUUCCAAUACAAAUAAGCUAACCUUUGAAAUAGCAGUUCAUUAUUUGAGCCAGAUGGUCGUAUGCAUGCAGGAUCGUUGUUUCUAUGCUUCCAGUCCAUGAUAGCCUGCCUUACCUUUGCAGCAAAGAUUACCUUCACUAGCCACCAAACUUCAACACAACCCCAUGCAUUUUUUGGACAUGUCAGGGUUGGUCAUGGUGCUUCUGUUUUGUCAUCCCUGUAAACUCACUUUUGGAGCUGGGUGAAGUUUUUUGUAGUCUGUGAUCUGGUUUCUUGCUGAGGGCCAUUCUUGGUGCAGCUGUAAAUUAUCUACCGGAGUCCAGAUGCUGAACACGACACCUAGGAAUUAAACUUUAAUGCUAUCUUAAAAUUGACUAUGAGAUUCCUGAAGUUAGUUUUUGUUAGCUUUAUCGUUUAUUGUUUAUCGGCCAAAGGAUUUAUGUCCGGAUUGAGCUUGGAACAUUUCACCCUUUAAAUGUGGCCCUUCUUUGUGUUUAUCUCUAAUUGGGGUUGAGAUAGGACUUUUCAAUGCAGGUAUCUAUUAGCUUUAUAGACCAUGCGAUUCCUGGUAAUAGUUGUACUUCGUGAUUGAAUAAACUACCUCAGCUGAUUUUCUUUGUUUCUGUUUGAUAUUACCUGUAUUUCAUUUCUAUUUCUCAUGUAUGCAGUUGUUGUGACCUUUUUUUAUUAUAUGCACCCUGCAUGGGCACUUAAUUAUUUAUUUACUGCCCAGGAUUAUCAUUUACUUCUAUAUGUUUUGCUCUACAAAUGAAAUAUCUAUUCUGAUUUCAUAUUUACAUUUCAAUUACCUGACACUUCAUUACUUAAAAAGCAUCCUCCAUUAGUCAAUGGAAUAUUUCUUUGUAUGUGUUCACCAGAUUCUAGUUGUUUAAUACCUUACCUGAGUUUCAUUUUUGUGGAAGGAUGGAUGUACCAUUCUGGUCUGAGUCAUGUUCUCAGUACAAUGUAUAGUAUAGUGGGAUGAGUUAAGUGUUUGCUCUGUUUCAGGUGAAAAUUGUUUUUUAUAUAUGGUAUCUGAGUUGUAUGAAUCAUUAUGUAAUCCGUUAUCAUAGGUAUGUGUGUUGUAUAGUUACUAUGUUGUACUUGGCUCCUAAUUGUUAUGGAUGCUUAUGUAAGAUCAACAUUUCUUGAACUUUGAUUAAAAAAUUGGUGGGAAACUCUUAGGUAUUAUAAUUAUAUAAGAGUACAAUAAGGCCGUAGAUAAAAUUAUUGCUGAGCUAAUUCAUAUACCCAACCUCACAUAGUGAGAUUAAAAUAUUGACAUGUUUGAGAAGAUGCUAGUGAUAUUUGUAUUAUUUUGUAGCCUGGGCUUCUUGUUAUGGAUGCUUAUGUAAGACCAACAUUUUUUGAACAAAAUCUUUUGAUUAAAAAACUUGGUGGGAAACUCUUAGGUAAUAUAAUUAUAUAAGAGUACAAUAAGGCCAUAGAUAAAAUUAUUGCUGAGCUAAUUCAUAUAGCCAACCUCACAUAGUGAGAUUAAAAUCUUGACAUGUUUGAGAAGAUGCUAGUAAUAUUUGAAUUAUCUUGUAGCCUGGGCUUCUUGGUUUUUUUAAAGUGUUAAAAUUCUAGAAAUUGGUUUCACAAUAGCAACUAUGUGAUGGAACAUGACCAUAUUAGUUAUCUUCAUUCACUGCCAUCUUAUGAAAUUUUUUUAUAUGAAGAUGGUGUUGGAAUGUCAUCUCAUCAUUCCCUCUCUAGAGGGUUGCGUUAGGAUGGGCAUCAGAUGUAAAAUUUUACCACAUUGUUUUUUUGUUUGUGUUUGUGUUGUCAAUGUGAGAUUUAGAAGUUAAUUGACAUUAUGAAUGCCAUGCACUGACCUAACUUGGUUAGGGUAAAGCACCUGAUUGAUGAUGAUUUUAAAAUUCUAAGUUAGUUUGAAGUUGGUACCACUAAAAUUAGAUUAAGGUUCAGUUGACAUAUAUGUUUUUACAUUUUGAAUGACGUUCAGAUAGUCAUAAUAUUUGCAGACAUUUAUUUUCACAUUU